AUGACACGAGGUACAGACUCCUAUACCGAGAUCUUACUCACACCGCAAAGCGCGAGACAGAUUGAUACCGCCACUUCCUCUUCAGUGCGCGGUUCAUUUUCGCCGACUGAAAACCCGCCAGCUAACGACUAUGACCGGGGAACUGGUCUGGUAACCAUGCAUAAUUCUUUGAUGCCGUUCGCAGACUUUAAUGGCAGGCAACCCCAUCGCAAAUUCGCAUACUUGACCCGAACAAGCGUGUUUACACCUAAACGGACGUAUCCGGUGACACCAGCUGCGAUUGCAGAAGGCGUAGAAGUUCUACGAUCCCUCCUUGAAUUUAACGCGGACUUUCCUGAACUUAUCCGGGACCAGUGCGAGAACGAUGAACUAUGUGGUUCACUUCUUUCUAAAGCAGCAUGGCGAGCGACGCAAAGUACACUACAAUGCUUAGGGGCUAGAUCGACCCUGGAUCAAUUAACAAGCACAGCUCUAGCAAUAUUUGAACAGACUACGUGCCCACUCGAGCUACCUAUAUCGGCGGAGAACGACACUCUCGAGCUGGCCCUUUCUGGAAACCGCUUGCGCUGGGAGACCAUUGGCAUGUGCUUCGUACGCUUUGGGUUAUACAGCGGAAUGGUGAAGGCCAGCGGCCAAGUCUUCCAUGGCUGUGGACAGUCAAAUUUCGAUCGUCAAAAGACUAUGCUUAAGGCAUUCGACGCUUGCAUGCAAACUCGGGCAUUCUGCGAUCAAGUCGAGCAGACAAAUGACUUGACACUGUGGCUAUUGACAUCAGUAUACACCCUUGCCACUUGGUGCUUUGGGGACGAUUCUUCCCGUGCCUGGCGCUUAAUGGGCGACUUAUCAUCAGCUAUAGCAGCUCUUGGCUUCCAUAAAGGGUUCAAAGGCGGAGAACCAGGACCCCCAUAUUUGGUAGAGCUUCGCAAAAGAGUCAUAGCUCUUGCCCAUGAGCGCGACAAGGAGCUAGCAACCUUCGUUGGUCGACCGCCCCGUCUUAAUCGAAGGUAUUAUGCGGUGGAUCUACCACUUGACUUGCCAGAUUCAAUCAUUAUAGGCCCCGUCGAGCAUUUUGAAGCUGCCAGAUUAAAACUCGACGAGAACGGCUGGAGUGGGGAUGUUAUGGUUAAUCCGGUUUCUCGUCUUCGAGCGAUUCUUUUACUGAGCAUGAUCCGCGAAGAGGUCUUGGAGCUCUCACUUGGUCCAUCAAUGCCAAAUAUCGCCCAACAAGCUAGACAAAUCUUAUCGAAAUUGACCUGUACUUGGGAAUCAAUCCCUCACAAGGAAUACGAACAGUCAAUGUGUGACACUAUGCUACCAAGUGCUAUCUGGGUGGUCAUAGGCCCUCGACUUGAAUACCUUUAUACCAAGUUUCUUCUCUAUAAGCUGCUCAUUAGUCAAAACCAGGGCAGUCGCGAUAAAAUGAUCCGGACGUCGCAAGAAAUUCUACAUUUGGCACUGUCGCUUUUGAAGAAGAACGAUGUGAUAGCUACGCCAAAUUUGGAGGGUAUGAUGGUGGUUUACGCAAUGCCAUGUGCGAGCGUUCUUGUCUUGGAGCUAUUUCGACAGAAUCGACAGCCUCGUCAGUCUGCGACGCUCAAUCGGUCGACUUUAAUCCAGGACAUAAGCGUGCUCAUAUCGUGCUGUGACUCGCUAGCCAUAUCUGGACAGAGCAACUAUCAGAUCUGCAAGCAAGCUCAGACGGUUUUCUCGCGAUGCCUAGAUCAAAUCUUGAACCCAAAUGCGGCAUCAUCUCACGGUUUAAUGAAUGAGCCUGGAAAACCAGAAGUGCAAGAACCUUUCUCCCUAGGUUCGAUGGACUUCGGUCUGACAGAGCUAUAUCCCCAAGACCCGGAAUGGUCCUCGUGGCUCGAGUCAUUCGACUUAUACGAAACAUGA